UUCAUUUGUUUCAUUGCAGUUCUGUUUGUUGGCUCUGUCCCAGAUUUCCCAUUCCUUGGCACCCUCCAGAUGGAUGGACGUCAACUCCCAAAAAUCUCAGCAGUCACCACACUUCCGCGAGUUGAGGUCCACAUAUCUGGAAGGCCCCCAGGCUGGGAAGGCUGCUGGGGCUGAUUAUCUGCUCUGUCUCACUUGAGGUUUAAUUGGGAGAAACCAGAGGAAUGGAUCUUCGGUUGUUGCUGUUUACGUUGGCUCUGGUAUCUGCAAACAGUUCUUUUCCCACAACAAAACCUGCUUCACAGAAGCCACAGAUAAUUCAGUGUCGAUCACCUGAAAUGGAAACAUUUUCAUGUUACUGGACAACAGGCGAUUUUCCUCCUGAAUUUGCGCUGGGAAAAAUUAAACUACUAUAUUCAAGAAGGUUGACUGAGUGGGAAGAAUGGAAAGAAUGUCCUGAUUAUACAACUUCUGGUGAAAACAGCUGUUACUUCAAUACAUCCUUCACCUCCAUUUGGGUCCCUUAUCGUGUUCAGCUUCAUGCUGCAAAUCAGUCAUAUGAUGACAAAUACUUCCAGGUUGAUGAUAUAGUAAUUCCUGAUCCUCCAGUUGGGCUGAACUGGACAGUGCUGGACACCAGCCCAAUAGGCGUCUAUACUGAUAUUCAGGUUGCCUGGAAGCCUCCACCCUCUGCAGAUGUUCGGAAUGGAUGGAUCACACUACUCUAUCAGCUUCAGUACAAAGGAGUCAAUGAAACAAUAUGGCACGAGCUGGAUCCAAAACACACUACCAAAUUUCCAAUAUAUGCUUUGAAGACAUGCCAAGAUUAUGAGAUACGGGUUCGAGCAAAGGGAACACCUGCAAUUUUUGGCGAAUUCAGUGAAGUGCUCUAUGUGUCGUUUGGUUCAAAAGGACUAGUGCCAUGCGAGGAAGAAUUCCAGAUUCCUUGGCCUUUGGUGAUGGCCUUUGGGACACUUGGCCUAAUGGUGAUGCUGUCUCUUGUCCUCUUUUCCAAACAGCAAAAGUUGAAAAUAUUGAUCCUUCCUCCUGUUCCAGUGCCCAGAAUUAAAGGAAUUGAUCCAGACCUGUUAAAGAAAGGAAAACUGGAUGAAGUUAAUUCCAUCUUAGCCAGUCAUGGUAGCUACAUGCCCCAGCUUUACGGAGAUGACUCUUGGGUGGAAUUUAUUGAGCUGGAUAUUGAUGAAGCUGAAGAGAGAACUGAAGGAUCAGAUACUGAUAGGCUCCUUGGUGAUGUUCACAUGAAGUCUCAUGGCUGCCUUGCAGUGAGGGAUGAUGAUUCUGGACGGGCCAGCUGCUGUGAGCCUGAUAUCCCAGAGACUGAUUUCAGUGCAAGUGAUACAUGUGAUGGAACUUCAGAUAUUGAUCAGUCCAAAAAGGUAACUGAUAAAGAAGAGGAUCUCUUGUGCCUUGAUCAAAAAGACAGCGAAAAGUCAAUGCCAGGUCUUGAUGAUGUAUCUGCCCACUUGCUGUCGGAUGAUCCAACCAAAGAACAGGACCUAAAACCCCAUGUUCCUGCCACUGAGAUAACCAAUCCACCUGUCCAGACCCAGUUAAGCAAUCAAAGUUCAGUAGGAAACAUUGACUUUUACACACAGGUCAGCGACAUUACACCAAGAGGAAGUGUUGUGCUAUCCCCGGGACAAAAAAUUAAGAUGGGGAAAACCCAAAGUGAAGCUCAGAAAGAACCAGUUGCACAGUGUCAACCAACCUUGGCCACGGACAGUGCCUAUUUCUGUGAGUUGGAUGUGAAAAAGUGUGUCACUGUGACACCUCCCAAAGAGGAUGAGCCAGAAGUUCAAGUCCAGAGCUUUUUCGAGGAUGCUUACUUGACCACUGAUAGCCUUAUCACUCAUCCUGUGAGCCCUACUACAGUAGCAACAGCUGCAGAAGAAAAAGAGCCAGAAGGUUCUGAGAUACCUGUGGCAGACUAUACCUCCAUUCAUAUGGUACAGUCUCCACAAGGCCUUGUUCUCAAUGCUACAGCUCUCCCUGUGCCAGACAAAGAAUUCAUCAUGUCAUGUGGCUAUGUGAGCACAGAGCAACUUAACAAAAUCUUGCCAUAGCUUUCUUUUUCUUGAGUAUGUGGGAAACUGUAUCAUCCCUAGCUCCAUAAGGCCCAAUAUACAUAUAGAGUUCUUCAAGCACAGGGGUUUUCCAAUUCAUUUCAGUGUUACAGAAAGCUUCUGAUGUUUGCAGAACAUUUAUUAGUUAUUAUGUGAAUGGGGAGGCAAAUUCCCAAGAGGAAUUCUGUGUUCCUAUGCUUUAACCAGAGCCAAGAUGUCCAAUAGUUUCAGAUGGUUGGUGAUGAUGCAGCCCUUUCCACUUUCACCUGUGAUGUUGAGUCAAUCACAGUAUUGUCUUUGUGUCUUGUAAAUAUUGUCUUACAAAAUGUUGCUGGGGCUGGUUCAGUAGCGUGACUGUCUUUUGUUGUAGGUAUUGAUUUGGGCUUCACCCAAACACAUUGGAUGUCUGUGUCAUGCAUUGUAAAUCGUUUUUCUUCAAAAAGCUAAUAGUAAGUGUGGAAUUUUGUUUGUGUGCUUGUUUGAACAUUUUGAGAAGUUUAUACUGGGAAUUGGAGAAUGAAAGAUUAGAUAAAGAAGCAAAAAUAGUUUUGUUAAAUAAAGCAUUAUUAUGGUUAAUAUAAAUAUAAAUCUACUUUAAUACUUCAUAUAAGCAAGCAUGAAUAUUUUAUACUUAGACUGCACACUGUAGUUUAAUUAUUAUGAUCUGUCUAUGGAAUGUAUCUGCUGCAAUCAGUGUAGCAAUUACAAAAAGAAUAAGGAAAAAUAUUUUUAUACCUCCAUCAAAGCUAUAGAGAAUUUAAGUUGUGGCACUACUGGGGGUGGGGGGUGGGGUAUUCAUUUCUUAAAAGCACUAUUCAUACUUCUACAUUUUGUAGCAAACCACAAACACGUACAACAUUGAAUAUUUUUUACUGGCAUAUCAAUCUGUCGUACAAUUUUAUAGCAGUAAAACCUAAAAUGGAUUUGGAUUUUUCAGGGCUUUUUAGGAACACAGUUACAUUUUUUAUAACUAAAGGGUAAAUAGGUGAGUUGAUAGUAGUAUUCUUCACAACAAAACGUUUACAUCCUUUAAAGGUUAAA